AUGGACCCCGCACAAUUCGGCUUGAGCACACGUCCGCUCCAACAUGCCCCUUACGGACCCAUCUCCAUCGAGAUGCUUCAGGGUACUAACGCAGGCAAGGUUGCGGUUAUUACAGGAGCAGGCCGAGGUAUUGGUGCUGCAAUUGCUGCAUCGCUAGCAAAAUCUGGUGCCGACAUUGCGAUCUUGGAUCUCAAUAUUGCGAACUUGGCAGACACGAAGAAAGAAUGCCUGACACAUAAUGUCAAAGUUGAAACUUUCGAAUGCGAUGUCACGGACGAGGCGCGAUUGAAAGAGGUAUUUGAUAAGGUGGAGAAGCAAUUGGGCCCGAUUGAAAUACUGGUCAACAACGCCGGUGUGCUUGACCAAAGACCAUUCAUCAUGUCAACCUUCUCCUCCUUCUGGCGGCAAAUCGAAGUCAACUUCAAAGCUCCUCUAAUGCUAGUGCAUAAUGUCCUCCCUCUUAUGCGCUCCCGUGGUCAUGGAUGCAUAAUAAACAUUGCUUCACGCUCUGGCACCGUCGACGUACCCAUGACAUUGGGGUACGUGACCUCGAAAGCAGCGUUGAUCCGUGCUACACAUACGCUACAGAAAGAGAUAGAGCUUGAUGGGCUGGAUCCCGGGAUCCAUAUGUAUGCACUACAUCCCGGAGGUGUUCUUUCUGCGAUGGGCGGCUCUGGUGCGGCGGAAGAUGUGAAGGAGAAAUACGGGGAUAUCACUGAUGAAGAGUUUUACAAAGACUUGUUCAAAGAUACACCAGCGCUCUGUGGCCAGACUUGCGCCUAUUUGGCGACCGGGAGAGGAAAAGAGCUGCGAGGAUUUUAUAUCGAUUGUCGACAGGACGUCUCUAAGCUCCUUGAAAUUGGCCGCGAGACGCUGCAAAAGGAAAACCGAAAUACGCUAACUGUCAACUUCAUUGACGGUUACGCCAACGAGCCAUAGUACAAUGUAAAAUGCGAUAGCCAUUUGAAUCUGCUGUCUCCUUCAGAUCACUUUCUUCAUACCACGUCUUUUGUCUCAACGUACUCCGUGCUGAUACUCUUCCUGCCUUCACCAAACUUAGCCUCUUCACGAGCUGCAAUUCGUGCAUCAGCCUCAAUGAACUCAGCUGGACGAUGCAGUUGCACGGCCAACUUGUCGCGAUGAAUAAAAAGACCAGGCCCCCCUUCGAAAAACCGAUCAAUG